AGAAUAAUCAUUCUUAUAUGAUUUCAGUUAAGUUUAAAAAGUUAUCAGAAAUCAUAGUAAGUAAGAAAGCCAAGAAAACAUUAUCAGAAACUGAGAUAAGUAAGGAAACUAAAGAAAUUUUUAUCAAAAAUCAUGCUAAUCAAACUAAUAUAGAG